UGGAGCCCAAAUUAUUGGCAAAGUGAAUCCAGACCUAAGCGUCAAAGUGCUGAAUGCCCAAGAUCUCGGCAACAAUGUCGACUUUCAACUAUGCCAAAAUGUCGUUGACGUUACGCACCAGUUUAAGGAUAUCUUCGUGUAUCCGGAUCGUGCCAUGAACUGACGGUGGACACCUGGACACGUGUCUCUGGGAUGGCCAGCUGGCUCGCAGCAGCAUUCUUCAUAUCAGCAGUCGCAGUCUCAGCCGAAGAUCAUAGCUCAAACACAAUCUCAGCCAUCAUUCAGAAUGCCAACUGUUGCUGAACCAAUUCCUACUAGUUCUACUGCUUCUACUGUUAUUCCUGCUACUGUUUUCAGCACACAAUCUCAAUCUUCUCGUCGAGUGAUCACUCCACCAACUAACCAGCUAUCCCAAUUGUCUAUAAGAGACGAGACACCGUCGUCCACGGCAUCCAUCACCCAGCCAUUUACUUUUGGUAGCACCCAAUCAUUUGAAUUCGGUAUUCAAAGUACCCAAUCGACCCAGCCCAACACCCAGCCUGAUACCCAGCCUGAUACCCAACCCAAUACCCAACCCAAACCCCUACCCACUUACACAUUUCAGUCUAGUCCCCCAGAAUUACAGCAUACGAACACAGAAGAAGCAAGCUCUUCGCAGCACUGGCAAAGGUGGAGCCAAUCGCCGGAACCUAUGUCCCCUCAUCAGGAAGAACCGGUGGUGCUAGGUAAAAACAGGCAGCCAUCCCCAACCCUAACCACAGCUGCUGCAGAACCCUCAUCCUACUACAUGACCUCCCCCUUUCCCAUUGUCUCGUCUCCACCAGUCCGACGGCGCGGGCGCCUCUUCCGAACUCGCUCCGGAAACCUCCGUAGUGCCGCAGAGAUCCGCCAGCGUAGGGAGCUUGAGCGGCAUGCUGACGAGCUGCUGGACAUGAUUCUCGAGGGAAUUAGUGACGAUGAACAGCCUCGAACUGUCACCUUUUAUAUGAAUGAUGUUGGCCGUUGGCGUCUUGUGAGGCAGGAUGUAUGUGAAGUAGAAGAGUACGAAAAUCCGUAAAGACAAAAGAGAGAAAAUCCCAGUAAUACCUUCAUACCCAGCGUUUUUCAUCUUUCCUUGUUAUGCACCCCCUUUUUUCUGUCAACAAUAAGCAAUAAAUACCAAGGUUACAACAGUGCUCUUCCUAAUGCUCAGGAUACAUCUAGACUAUAGUAGUGGGAAUGCUCUUAUGACCUCAUAUUCUAUCCCCACCGGACAGGUAAGAUGAUGGUAGGUAUGUA